AGCAAAUAUCUCUUAAUUGCAGGUUAAAAUGGGACGUGCCAUCUUGACAUUGCUGUGCCUAUGGAGUUUCAUCGUGACUGUCACUCCUCUUACUGAUACACAAGUUUUUAGAGCAACGGAAUACAUCUACAGCAAAUUCAAACUUGCUGGGGCAAAGCAACAUGCCUAUGUUGCUCUUUUCUCCCAAGUCGAAUGUGACAGUCUAUCUUCCAAUAACAACAAUCUCCAAAUCUUGAAGAAUGAAGACGCCAAACAAAUUACCGAAGCCUUAAAAAGAGACGAGAACAUCUACCAAGGAAGUCAGUUGGUUUUGGCAACAUUCAAGAGGGAGACGGGAUAUGACAUUCAUUCUGAAUAUCGUCUGUUGGACGCAACAUCUAGCAACGGGAUCUCCCCCAUCCAGCAAUUGGUGAAUACUAAUCAGAACGCAGCCUGCGCCAUCUUCUACACUCUUAACUCCCCAUGUGUGGGCAAGUGCGCCAACCCAGACAACGCCAGGAAUAUCAUCAAUAAACUUUCUGUCUUUAAUAAAUUUAACAAAGCAUUUGUAUACAGUAAAUUAUAUGUUAAAGAUGUCAGGGAUAAAGGAAAAGACGACAUUUGGGAUGGAUUGACGCAAGUUAAUGGCAAGAUGGAUGUGUACCGCUGCUCUAACAGCGGAUGCCUCAAAUGCUUUGAAAAGGAGCAAAACAAACUGAAGAACAAAGACAACUGUCUUAAAUAG